CUAUCCUUUAGGGGUAUCUUCCGAGAUGCAUGUAUGCUUCUGAUUUAUGGCACUUUUAGCUUGCUCGCUGCAUAUUUCAGCUUAUUUAUGACAUCCGAUAAUAUUAAUAUCUAUCAUGCACGCCAUCCAUCUAAGAAUAUUCUCCGAAACAAGACGCAUGCGUGCAGCAACCAACCCAAUUUCCACUACAAUAGGCCAUGGUCGACUACAAUUGUGCAGCGAUUUCUGAAAAUAAGUCAUGCACCCAAAAAUAGUUGUACUUGGAAACGAGCACUUUUGCAGUACAUCGCGUCCUAUUUCUUUGACGCGCAGGACAUCCUGUUUACCGUGGCGAUGCUGAAACGGAUGCUCGUUUAAUUAAUAUCAGUUUACCACUUGUCGAAAUGUGCUCUCGAGAAUUUUAUUGGGUUAUAAUUUAUAAACGGAUUCGAUACAUGAAUAUUUAUACCAAGGUCCGAUCUUUGCAAUAUAUGACAUAUUCACAAGAAGAAAAACUUUAAAUUUGCUGAAGGAUGUCGUAAUAUAUAUAGAAACACUUCGGAAUCGACUCGAUUUGGCAUUCAUUAUCUUUAUAUUGCAAUCCCCUUGACCUUUAAUAUCCAUGCCUUAUUCGUCUUGAAUUUAAAUGAAUAUCACGUUGCACAAGUGUGGUUUUGGCCAAGUGACAGCGAAUUCGAUCGUGCCAAGCGAGGUGUAUGUCUGUAUGAAAUGCAACAGUUUGAAACAUAUAAGAUAUAGCUAAUUGUUGUAACAUGGCCUUCGAGAAAUCCUUGUUUUUGAUUGUCUUCCUUUUGUCGGGAAUUGAAUGUCGAGUAAUCAUCGGUGGAACCGAUUGUUCCUACAACUGCCGAGCCACAGCAGUCGAAGAUCGUAGAAGAUGCAUUCUUGGAUGCAGAUUACGAAACGAAGGACGGUCUGCUCGAAUCCAACGAGCUAGUGAGGACGACAACAGUCUCAAGGGAUUUCCAAGAACGUCAAGAAUUAAAAGAAACGAUGAUUGCUCUUUUGACUCAAAAAAAUUCCUGAAUCCAAGACAUGGAAUCAAGAGAGCAAAAGCGAAAAUUCGUAAAAUUGUCUUUAGUCUUGAUAAGAAAAACAAGACGGUAGCGAGGAUCAUAUGGGAUCCCCUUCCAGAAUGCUUAAAGAGAAAGGAUUACUGCAAAGGAUACUUUGUUCAAUGGUCGUUUGCUUCCAGAACAUUCGAAGGUGUCUAUUGUACGACGGUUAACAAUACGAGCGACUACAUCAUUUUGGAUGAAUCGACUGGAUUUAAUGGGCGAAGUAGUUUUGAUGUAAAGGUCAAAGCUUUUCCAUAUACGUCAACAGAGGACCUGAAAUUUUUUUACAUGGAUCCCCCAGCACCAGAGAGUUUGUCAGAACCACGCGUCUGGAUAUUUACCACACCAAAUCCAACCGACACGUUGGUUAUACCUAGUACGAACUCCUCUCUCCACGUAUCCACAACAGAGUCGUCAAAAUCGCUAAGUCCAGAAGCAAAUAACUCAGCAAAAGAACCUCACAAUAAAGAGGAGAUAUCGCCAACAACUCUGAUAUUCUCGCUCUCAGUGUUUGCCGUUGUCAUCAUCGCUACAGUUUUCCUGGUUGUGAAGUGGUUCUUAAGGCCCAAGAAAAAUGAUUUCAAAAUUACUUCAAAAAGCUACGAAGGGACGGUCUAUGUUUCUUAUUUGCCGGAGAAAAGCACAAUCAAUCAAGUUAACGAAAUUUAUUCGUUGUUGAAAUCGCACAACAUCAACGUUGUUAUGGACCAAAUGUACGACCCCAAGCUGUACAAUUCCCUCGGUCCUGAACGCUUUGGCGAGAAAUUUCUGGCGCACGCAGAUAAGGUCAUCAUGAUCGUGACGCAAGGUUACCUCAAGCUUUGCAGACUGGACGAAACCGUGGACAUCGGCUCGAGGCCUUGUUUCAACUCCUUGAACGACCAGAGGCUCUAUGGAGAGGUGGUCAACAUCAAGAGUGAACUAAGCACGAAGAUGAAGCACAGUCCAGUUCGCUUUAUUCCAGUGCUGGUGAACGUCGCAGACGAUUAUUUGCCAAAGUGGCUGCAAAAAUUGACGUCCGUGACGUGGCCGGACGAUUGGAGGAAUAGCGCGUUUCUAAAUCUACUCAGCGGCGACGACGCGAUUGUUCAUGAAAAGGAUAAGACAUACUCCUUUGCUUGAAACGUCGGACUUUGUAGUUUGUAAUAAAUAUUUGGGUGCAUAGGUCAACUAGAGCUAGGGAGAUUGUUCUAUGCUCAAUAAGUCAAACCUGAAGGUUUUCACGCAUAUUUGGAAGUUCUUAUUUUUAUGCAGUUCGCUUUAUGAAAAACAUGCAUCUACAACUACAUAGUAAAAAAACAUUCGCUUAUCAGCCUCCUUUAUAUAGAAGAAA